AUGAAUGAACUUGUUUGCUUGUUACUCUGCAUCCCUGUGGUUUCCUUUGUAGAUUACUCCGACUUCGAGGAUAGUUCCCUUGACUACUUCGAUAGGUGCUCCUCCCCCUUCACUCGGUCUUCUGGCAGCUCGCUGACGCUCCGCAGCACCACAACGGAAAAGAGCACCUCCUAUCAGUACCCGAGGGCUAUUCUGUCUGUCGAUCUCAGCGGGGAAAGCCACUUUGAGGGUCACCGAUGUUGUAGAAUUGUUUUGAUAACCUGGUUCUCUUUUGCGGUCACUGCACAGAAGCAUUCAGCCGAAGGGAACACCGUGUUUGUAUUCAACGAAAAAAGAGGCGCCGAGGAACAUGUGGACGCCCGUCUUCAGUGGCAGCUAAACCUCCUUACCCACAUAGAAAACACGCAGAACGAAGUCACUAGUAGAAUGGACCUGAUUGAGAAGGAAGUCGACGUUUUAGAAAGCUGGCUUGAUUUCACCGGAGAAUUGGAGCCCCCCGACCCCCUCGCCCGUCUGCCUCAGCUCAAGCGCCGCAUUAAACAGCUCAUCUCCGACAUGAGUUUGUCCUUCUGCCAGCUUCAAAAACAGCAGAUUCUGGUCAGCCGCUACAUCAACAGCAGUGAAACUGCCUACAUCCCACAGUGUCUGGAUUCGGGUGACUUUGACCCCGUACAGUGUGACUUGGCUCUGGAAGAAUGCUGGUGCGUGGACAGCGAAGGGAUGGAGAUUUACGGGACCAGACAGAAAGGGAAACCAAGGCAAUGUCCUGGCCGGUGUGAGAUCCGAGACCGCCGCAUUCUGCAUGGCGUUGGGGAAAAGACCCCUCCUCAGUGCUCAGCUGAUGGAGAAUUCCUGCCUGUCCAAUGCAAGUUUGUCAACACAACCGAUAGGAUGGUCUUUGAUCUCAUCCAUCAUUUUAACAGGUUCCCCAAAGCGUUCUUAACAUUUAGUUCCUUCAGAAAUUUGUUCCCUGAAAUCAACGGAUACUGUCACUGUACAGACAGCCUUGGGAGAGAACUAGAAGAUACAGACAAGGAGCCCACCUGUGUCUCGGAGAGACUAGUAUCUCUCUCCAGGCUUUUCUAUGGCCCCGUUGGACAUUUCAGUCAUAACAAUUUGUUUUCUGCUCCUCAAGAGCCACGGAAGAUCGUUGGCUCCUCAAGAUUUUGUCCCUUUCUAUUCAGAGACUUUUUGGUGGGCUCCACGGAGCCGUCUUCCAUCUCAGGGGGUAACAGCGCCGCUCAGCUCUUCACAUACGAAACGCUCCUUGGCGAAGCGGUUGGUGGGAUGUUUCCCUCCCGAGAACUUGCUCAAGUUGCUCUACAGUUCACCAACAACCCCAAGCGAUUCCAAGAAAACCUUUUUGGUGGGAUGUUCUUGAAGAACCUGGCCCAGUUUAACCUGACAGGAGCUCUUGGCCCCAACAGCAAAUUUAAUCUGGACAAGUAUUUCCAGCAAGUUGGGAUGAGAAGCGGAUUCCGUGAAUUGGCUGGUCAACUGUUGCAGGGAAGCUCCCAGGAGAAGUUCAACCUGAGCCAAUCUCUUGUUGAUGGCUUUGGACGUACGAUUAAUUUAGAGGACAACCAGAAUGCCGUCAAAUUCCUCGCUUCUCUUCUUGAGGCCCCCGAGUUUUUCACUUUUCUGCAGCAUGUGAUUUCUGUGCCAGAAAGUGUCACCAAAGAUUUAGGCGACGUGGUGAAGAUUCUGUUGAAAGCAAGAGACUGCACGGAAGAGGACAACGAUGCCUUCGUGCCAGACUGCACCGAAGAUGGGAACUACAAGGAGAUCCAGUGUAAGAGAGGGGAGUGUUGGUGCGUAGAUUUAAGGGGGAAAGAAAUCCCCGGAUCCAAAGUACGAGGGACAAAACCGCGGUGCCCUACAACGUGUGAAAAGCAAAGGGCCAGUCUGCAACUCUUAAUUAGAGACCAGCCUGCAGGAUCUCAGAUGUUCGUUCCUUCAUGUACCAAAGAAGGGACAUUCCUGCCAGUCCAGUGCCAUGGGAAAAACUGUUUCUGCGUCAAUUCAGAAGGCACACCUGUCCCAGGGAUACAUACCAAUUCUGGAGACCCCAUACAAUCAUUGCAAUUUUAUCGGAAGAGUCUCCUUGCAUCCAUGGACUCUCCUGGGGAGGCUCGGCGCUUGGCAUUUCAACCUUAUAUCCCCCAGUGUGAUGGACAAGGGAACUGGGAGGCCAUCCAGUGCUAUGAGAGCACAGAAUCGCAACAUCUUUUUGACAUUGUGGAGACCAAAACUGAGCACAGGGAAUCAUGA